GACUUAAUAGUGGUACCACUGACGUUUGACGUUUAUCUCUCUUUUAUCCAACUUCAAAUAUAUUUUUGUAUCGAACUAGAAAAUCUGAUCUUAAAUUCGUGUAAACGAUUAGUUGAUAUUCUUAACUGAAUUAUUUUCUAAUAGAGUAUACGAAACGAAGAAUUAUCGAUAAUAGAACAUUUUGUUCUAUAUAUAACGAUUCUUCGAUGAAACGAACGAAAAGGAUUAAUUCUGUUGAUAAUAAAAUUAAUCAUAAUGAAAAUGAUGUUUGUGAAACAGCUAUGGUUACAAAAACAGAACAGAAUCUGGUCGAAGUACUUCAGCAAAAGGAUAAGCAGAUUAAAAAAUCUAGAAUAAAUUUGAAAGUAUUACGAAAUGGAAAUGAUAAAUCUUUAGACACUAUUAAAUUAGAGGAUUUUGAGGGAAAAAAAGAAAUCAUAGAAAUACCUCAUAAGGAUAAAAAUGUUACGAGGAAAAAAAUAAGAGCGGUAGUGGAUCUGAAAAUGAUGAAAGAAGAAUUAAAACAAUUAGAGGAUCCACCUGUUACACCUUGGGAAAAAGAAAUAUGUUCGUCUAGGCUUCCAUUCGAAUUUUAUAAUACACCUUGUGAACAACUUGCUCAACAUCUUUUAGGGAAGGUACUUGUACGUCGCUUAGAAAAUGGAACGAUAUUAAAAGGUAGAAUUGUAGAAACUGAAGGUUAUUUAGGUGCCGUCGAUAAAGCUUCUCAUUCUUAUCAAAAUAAAGUGACACCUCGCAACAUACCAAUGUAUAUGUCACCCGGCACAAUUUAUAUAUAUAUGACUUAUGGCAUGUACUAUUGUUUCAACAUAUCGAGUCAAGAAUCCGAUGCUUAUGUAUUAAUCAAAGCUGUGGAACCUUUACUUGGUCUUGACUAUAUGGAAUUGCUCAGAAAUAUGUUUGUUAAAGAAAACAAAAAGGAAAAAGAAAUUCAAAAAAAUCCUAAACGAUUUAAAACGGCUGAUCUUUGCAAUAGCUCGUAUAAAAUUUGUACCGCAUUUGUUAUUGAUGAAGAUGAAUUUGAUCAAAAGUAUAUUUAUAAUUGUAAUAAUUUGUGGAUCGAACGUGAUUCGUGUACAAAAUCUACUACUAUUGUAACAGUACCACCCGUACAUGUUGAAAGUUUGCCAGACAAACAGCCAAUUAAAUUAUCUCGUUAUUAUAUAUUAGGAAAUCCUAGUGUUAGCGAAUAUAAUAGAGAUCACGAAACUAAUACGUAUACCAUAUAAUUACUGAUGAUAUUUUCGAUAUUCCACCAAAAAAA